AUGGAGAUGCAGGCAGUAGCAAUCAUGUCUUCCAUCCCAGCUGGCAGAUCUGCCAGCUUCACAUGGAAUAAUGGGAUACAGGGACGCUAUCUUGAUAUUUUUCUGCCUGGAAACAACAAGGUAUUGACACUUUGUGAGGUUGAAGUGUAUGGAUAUCCAGCUCCAAAUGCUAAAAAUUUGGCAUUGUAUGGAAAGGCCACACAAUCAGACACAUUUGACCCAGCUGCAGGGCUCAGUGAUGCCCACAAUGCCAUAGAUGGAAACCGUGACCCACAUUUUUAUCAUGGAUCCUGCACCCACACUGAAGCACAAACGAAUCCCUGGUGGAGGGUUGAUCUUCUGAACCCAUACGUCAUCACCUCCGUCACCAUCACCAACAGAGGAGACGGCUACUCUGAGAGACUCAACGGAGCUGAGAUUCGUAUUGGCAACUCCCUGCUGGACAAUGGCAAUAGUAAUCCAGUGGCUGGGGUAAUUCCCUCCAUCCCAGGUGGCAGAUCCCUCAGCUUCACAUGGGAUAACGGGGUCCAGGGACGCUAUCUUAAUGUUCUUCUGCCUGGAGACAACAAGGUUUUGAACCUUUGUGAGGUUGAGGUGUAUGGAUAUCCAGCUCCAAAUGGUGAAAAUGUGGCUUUAAAAGGGAAAGCAACACAGUCAGAGCUUUAUGGAAAUGGCUUUGCAUACAAUGCCAUUGACGGGAAUCGUGACAGCAAUUAUUUUCAUGGUUCCUGCUCUUGCACGGAAAGACACCUCAACCCUUGGUGGAGAGUGGAUUUGCUCCAAAAUCAUAAAGUCUUCUCUGUGGUAAUCACCAACAGGGCUACUGUCCCCACUAGGCUGGAUGGGGCUGAAAUACGAAUCGGAAAUUCUUUAGAGCAGAAUGGUAUCAACAACCCCAGGUGUGCAGUGAUCUCCUCCAUUCCUGCUGGGUUCUCCGAGACCUUUGAGUGUCAUGGGAUGGAGGGACGCUAUGUUACCGUGGUGAUUCCUGGACGUGUAGAGUAUCUGACACUCUGUGAAGUGGAGGUGUACGGAUCACCACUGGACUAA